AUGGCUGACGGAGGUAGUGGCCGUGGUGGGGGUGGUGGCGGUAGCGUCUCUAGCGCUGCGGCUGGUGCAGCAAUCACGACAGGAGCUGGCGGUUUGAGACCCCAAACUAUCAGCGACGACGAGAGGGGAGGCCGUAUGCUUCAUCCCCGCACGCAACUCGCUAUAGUCACUGGCGCUGCGAUUGCUGCUGCCGUGUUGUUGCUGCGAGGACCACGGCCAUCCCUCAACGAGCGACUCAAGCAAGCAGCAGUACCCGAAGCAGCAGGGAGUGCAGGAGUGAGGUGUGGAGGGGGUGCUGCUGAAAGCGGUUCACAGCAAGGCAGACCGGAUUCAGGAAAGGGAGGGGUGGGGCAGGGCGAGAGAGCAGGGCUCGGGGCUGGAGUGAGAGGAGAGGGUCCCAGUGGGGCUGACACAAGUUAUGGCUCAGCUGGGUCGAAUGGAGGGGCAGGGGAAGCACGAGGAGAAGGCGAGGCUGCAGCGAAGGGGCAAGCUGAACGGGAGAAGGAGCGGUUGCGAGAGGAGGCAAGGCAGAGAGCAGCGGACGAGGAGUUGAGGCGGCAGCAGGACAAGUUCAGGCGGGCGUUUCACCGCUACCAACACGCCAGCCGCACGCAGCACACCUUCAACUGGCUGCAUUCCGUGCCAAGGCCAUGGAGCAUCAUCCUGACAGGAACCAAGACAAUCAAGAGCGAGCAGCAGUCAAUUUCCGCCUCGGCAACCAUGGCACGCGCUCGUUUCACGCUAGCGCUUGUAGCUCUGCUCGUCACAGUGCUUUUCGCAACGCAACGAGCCGAAGCAGGCCGAUUUCUAGUACCCAGCGCCGGCUCUUUACCCUCCAACCGCCUUCCACCCAGCUUGAAUUCAGCAAUCUCGGCCGCAGCCGCAGCAGCCCGCAGCAACAACCCCGCAGCGGCGCUCAAAUCGACGCUCUCGGGCCUCCAGUCGUCCCUCAACGGCCAGAUCGCGUCUCUCGACUCGCUUCUCAAACAAUCGCUCGACAAAAUCUCGGCGGCUCUCAAAAGCAGCCCGUCAGCUGCAGACGACGCGCUCCACGCGCAGAUAUCCGCGCUAAAAGCAAACCUCGCUGCUUUAAACGAGAGCCUAGUCAAUCUGAACGCGCUGAACAUCUCAGAAUCGGAUCUAAACGUCACGGAUCUGAUUUCCUCCCAGAUUUCUGGAAUCCGAUCCAACAUCUCCUCGAUCAGCACCGGCAUCGCCGCUCUGAACAAGGACCUGGCCGGGAUAAUUGGCUCGGGCGUAGGCUCGGGCGUAGGCUUGGCGGGCGCGUUGCGUCCAGCAGCCGGGGCGGCUUCCGCGAGUGGGAGCGCGGCGAUCCGCGCGGCGGUGAGGCAGCGGCUGGAGGCUGUGACGCAGCGAGUCGCGGGGCUCAACGGGAACGUGUCCGUGCUCGCCGGGAUGGUGACUGACUUGCAUAGCGCGCUGAGCAACGCUCUGGAUGGCGCUCUCAACAGCGCUCUGAAUGGCGGCGCUUUGAGCGGCGCUCUCAACGGCGCUUUGAACGGCGCUCUGAAUGGGGGGUUGAACGGCGGCGGCGUGAGCGGCGGCGUGGUGGGGACUCUCGCGAACCUUCUUCCCCAGCAGGCAGGCAUGCUGCGCGCCGUGCUGACGUCAUGCAAUGGCCUGCUGUCUCUCCAAGCCGGCGCUGCUGACAUUCAGAUCCUCAAGAUUGGCACGGACUACAUGCUCACAUACUACCUGUACGUAGCAGGAGUGACUAAGGCCCCGGACUCACAGGCCAUUUUCAAGGGCAACGCAUGCGGCACCGCUGCUGCUUCAGCAGCCCUGGCCCUGUCUGGCACGUGGGUGCCUAUGAGCCCUGUGUCCUGGUCGCUGGCCAAUGUUGUCAGGGCGUCCGCUGCUGACGUGGCGGAUGUGCUGGCAGCGAUCCAAGGGAUCACUAACGAUGACCUGUACCUUGGGUUCUCCGGCGCUGACGUGGCGCUCUCAGGGAGAGUGAUGGGUGGAAGGGUGUGA